CAUGUAGCGCAAAGAGCGCAAGCAUGUGCGUGGGGCUUGCGUGUGUGCGCGAAUGCGCGACCCUUCACGUACGUCGCGCAUACACGGUACUACGGACUGGUGGUACUGGUGGCGCGUGUGUUGGUCUGUGUGGUCGUCGGUCUCGAUUUCUGCUCCGCUAUUAGCGGCUUAGUGCUAACGGUGGUUCGUCUCGGUGUGGAUCUCGGUACGGUCGUUCAGCUUUUCUCGCCCUGGGGCAGGGGAGAGAGGGAGAUGAAGGUCCCGAUGACAACGGUCCACCACGGUUCGCGCAGUGCCCUAUGAAUCAGCGCUUCACACCGCAUCAUCAAUCAAACUUUUCCAAAACUCUUCCACUGUCGAGCGAAUAGACUCUGCGAAUAGUCAAAUGCUUCUGAGCGGCGGCGUAACGGCGUAACGUCCUGCAACGCACGCAUCUUCAGUAUCCGUUCACCCCGACGCGCUAAUCGAGCGAUACAAGGGCCACGAUGGUGAAGGACCGCCUGGCCGAGUUGAAAGGCAAAAGUAAGUACGCGAAUCAAGGGACGCAGGAUGGGGCGUCCGAGGUGGCCAUGCCGCUCACCAGGUCACAGGAGGAAAUUUUUGAAAAUCUCGAAAAAUUUGCACAGCUCACUGCCUGGAUACAGACGAUACGAAGCAACAUUGCCCAAAUGCGGCAACAGAUCGGGUCCUCAAAGUUCCACUACAACGACAAACCCAUCCGGGACCAGGUGGAGGAAAGACUGAAGGAAAACAAUCAGCUCUGCCAGCGAAUUUACACCACGAUCCGACAGCUCGAGUCUGAGCUCGGAGAGGACUGCAUCCGAACCGGGGUGCUGUUUCGCAUCAAGAACACACAGUUCCUGGUGAUACGGGACGACUAUCUCAGCGCGUACCGGGAGCACGAGGAGUUCGUGGCGUACUACGAGCAGCGCAUUAUGGCUCUGAUGAAGCUGGAAGCAAAAGCAAUGAGCUACAACAUCACGGACGAUGAGGCGUUGGAGCAACUCACCGGCAAUCAGAUGUCGCCGUUCGUAGGCAAUCUGCUGGAGGAAACGGAACGGGAGCGGCAAAAGCUGCGCGACAUCAUGACCCGCCACAGUCAGCUGGAAGCGCUCGAGAAGUCCCUAGUCGAGGUGCGGGACAUGUUCGUGCGCAUCUCGAGCCUGGUGAUGGAGCAGGGCAGCCUGGUGCAGGUGAUCGAGUACCACGCGCAGCAGGCCACGCUCAACACCGAUCACGGUGCGCACCAGCUGCAGAAGGCGCGCGAGUAUAAGAUCAAGGCGCUCAAGAAGCGCACCUGUCUGCUGAUCUGGGUCAGUACCGCUCUCGCGGUGUUGCUGUUUUUGGUCAUCGUUUUCUAGCCCAAACCCCGCCCGUCUGCCUUAUUUACAUUUACAUCUCCGCAGCUUUUGUGCGAGACACA